UUAUCAAUGGCAACGUAGAAUGUUAUUAAAUAUAGCCUAUGGCAGUAUUCGUAAUAAUGAAAAUCGGUGUAAUAGGAGCCGGGGCGGCGGGACUCGCUUCAAUUAAACGAUGUUUAGAACAGGGACACCAAUGCCUAGCUUUUGAACAAACUGACAAAAUUGGAGGAACAUGGAACUAUACCGACAAUACGGAUAUUGACGACAAUGGCUUGCCGGUACAUUCUUCUAUGUACCAAGGGUUAAGAACAAAUUUACCAAAAGAAGUUAUGGAGUAUCCAGACUUUCCUUAUGAAGAAAUGGACAGAUCGUACAUUGAGCACAAUAACGUUUUGGACUACAUGCAUAAGUUUGCUGCCAAGUAUAACCUGAUCCCACACAUCAAGUUCCUAAGGCAAAUCAUUGAAAUCAUUCCUCUCCCAAAUGAUAAAUGGUCCUUAAAAGAACGCAACCUUAAAACGAACGGGAUAACUGAGCAUAAUUUGGAUGCCGUUAUGAUCUGUGUAGGUAAUUAUUCAGUUCCAAAUCUACCAAAUAUUCCCGGCUCAGAAACAUUAGGAACUAGGGUGAUACAUAGUCAUUACUAUAGGAAAAGUGAUCCUUAUAAAGGAAAGAAAGUAUUGGUAAUCGGAGCUGGUCCUUCGGGAGUUGACAUUGCUAGCAUAUUAACAGCUGUGGCUAAGGAGGUAUAUAUUAGCCACGGAGAACAUAAGUUUGGUAAAACAGGACAUGAAGUAGUAGACAAACCCUUAGUAGAAAGUUUUAAGGGUAAUGUGGCAGUCUUUAAAGAUGGCUCUGAAAUAGAAUUUGACAAUGUUAUUUUUUGUACGGGUUAUCAGUAUAGUUAUCCAUUUUUAAAUGCAGAAUGUGGUAUCAUUGUGGAAGAUAAUUGGAUAAAAUAUCUCUAUAAACACAUAGUCAAUAUUGAGCAUCCUACUAUGGCAUUUAUUGGUGUAAUUUUUAAAAUUUGCCCACUUCCUAUGUUUGACAUUCAAAUACGGUUCUUCUUAGAAUUCAUCAAAGAUCCUCACAGAUUUUCAAAAAAGGAAAUGCUGACUGAUAUUUUAGAAUCUUUUAAUAAAAAAGGAGUGCCUAAUCGCUUAUGUCACAUGAUUGGAAACCACUGUCAACGCAGUUAUGCCGAAGAUUUAGCAAGAACCGUACAAAUAAAGCCACUGAGGCCUGUUAUUCAUAACUUGUUUGAAUAUCUUUUUAAUAAUAAAAAUGUUAAGAAAAAGUAUAAAAUUAUAAAUGAUGAGGAGUUUAAUGAAUCAAAUGUAGUGUAAACAUGCAAAAAAUAUAUUUUUUCUACUACCGUGCGUAAAGUACACACUUCGUAGGGCGUAAAGAGACUUUUUUAGGUCGUUUAAAGUCGUUUAAGUGUGUAAAGUAGUUUGGUAUUUUUCAUUUUUUUAAAUAUUUUCGGUAGUAGAAAAAAUUUUAUAUGUUACACGUGUGUAAAAUACCCUUUUUUUAUACAUAAAAAAAGGAUCAUUAUACACACUUGUGACAUAAAUAACUAUUAUAAUUAUUGAACCUAUAAACCUGGUAAACAUUAAUAUUGAAUAUUAAUAAAUAAUGUGUAUAAUUAUAUAAAUAACAUCGACUAUUGGUGAUAUUGUUAUCUACAUAUAUCAUUAUAACUUUUGUGUUAUAUACCUUAAGGAAAAAUUUUACCAAUAUUGUAAAAUAAAUAUUUUUAUUUUUAAUCAUCA